AUGCGAGCGCCAGCGUUGACAUCUUCGGGUUCACCGCCCGUGGGGAGGGUGCGCGCGAUGUGGGCCCACGCGAAAUCGUUUCAACGCUGGUCAGGUUGCACCCAGGUUGCUCUAACUUUUUUUCGAAGGUACGUCAGCGAGGGGCCCGCGGCGAGAAGAGAGGCGACGGAACGAAUCCGCUUCAAUCGAAAGUCUCCCCGAUCACAAACCCUCGCGCGUCUCUCGUCACACCUCGUCGUGCAGUCGACGGUGCCGUCCCUUCGCAGCCUGUUUCCCCCGGAACGCGUAGUAUCGCAGCGAGUGCGCCAGCUCGGACGAUCCGUUGGGCAGACUGAAGAUGCAAAACACCAGCAGCGACGCCCCGACGGCGAUCAUCAUCCCGAACGCCAGCGGCAGCGGCGAGUGCGCCGCGUUGGCGUCGCCCACCUCCACCGGUUUCGUCGUCUGUGGGCGGUUCAGGGCGUGCUUCUUGACCGCGCCGAUGCCGGCGAUGCCACCGCCGGGAAGUAG